GUGCCGCUGGCAAGCAUCGCAGCCUCAGCAUCGCCUUGGUCUUGGUCUACGUCUUCGGCCUCGAGCUUUGGUGUCCUUCCGUUUGCGAGGAUCCGUUCGAGACACCGGACCAGGUGCCCAUAUUCAAACAUGCCAGCAAAAAGAUCGACAGCAUGAUUGGGCAGCUCUUAAAGGCCGCGGAGUUCAGGCUGUCUUGCACAGUUGCGUACACGGGCGUGGACAAGUGGAUUAAGUCCUGGCCUUCGCAGCCAGCCAUGCUCAAGAUGAAGUCCGAGCUUCCAGAGCUGUACGAUACCUUGACGGAGCUCGACGUCGACAAACCUUGCUGGACUGUUAUGUGCUCCUUGUCGCAAGAAAACUCUGCCCUGGCCCGAGAAUUCGUCUUCUUCUGCGAAAGGAAGCGGCGUGAGUCGGGCUACACAUCCCUUCGAGGUCUUUGGAACAACCCGUCGGCAGUGGUCAUGAAGCACGCCCAGAGCCGCUUCAACAAAAUCACCGGUCACCAACAGGGGACCGGCAAAGGGACGUUCGUGGGUUCGUCAUCGCAGCGUACCAGAACGCCUCGCCAUGACCGUGACCGGGGUAGCGGCCAUUACCCGGCGGCCAGCUGGCAGAACAGUCAGAUCAGACCUUGGGGUCGACCAAAUGGCCUGUCUUGCCAUCAUGAUGACUUGGACUUCGAUUUCGUUUUCGACCAGGACCGUGCUGCCGGCGAGGGCGAGGCUGCUGGGGACGAGGCUGCUGCGACUCCCAAGGCUGCUGGCAAGGCUUCCGUCAUAAUGAAAGCCAAGGCAAGGCGGCGCCGGUGGGGGCAGCUCCUCCUGCUGCUAAGCCGAUCGGGGCAGCUCCUCCUCCUCCUGCCACGCCAGGGCCAACUGCAGAGCCUUUUCCGCCGAUGCCUUCGCCUUCGCCUUCGCCUGACCCGCGUCGCAGUCGCGGACUUGCACUUCAACCCUCCGCCACCUCCGCCUGCGUUCUUGUCCCUGAAGACGAGAGUUUGCUGGAUGUUGUCUUCGGACGACUUCGGUGUUGCCAAGCAGCAUGGAGGAAACCCGACCGCGAUAUCCGGCGUCGAGGCCGAUCCUCGCACGCCGACGAGCCAGGGUGAAGCAAGAGACUCCUUGCAGGCGGGGCGGGGUAAAUAUUAA